AAUAUCUCAAAGUCUUCGCCGUUACAUUCAGUAGCCCAUAAUCAAGAUCUUUUUUUCUUCUUCUCGUUUCAAACUUGUAACAAACCAAGAAGCUUCCCUUUGAUAAAGACAACACAUUAUUCAAUUACUUCUCCUUUUAUUAAUUUCUUACUUCUAAGCUAAAUUCAACUGUCCCACAAAAAAAAGUAAAAAAAUUUCAGCCAAUUCAGCUACCAAAAGACCAAGAUUGAAUCUUUUCAAUUUUCUAAAUCAAACCCAUGAAUUAUUUCAACCUUCCCAAGUAAACCCAUAAAUUAUUUUCUUAUAGUUUAAUCCCUCAGUAGUAAUUUCACAACCCAGAUCAAAUUAGGGUUUGAAAUAUUUUUUUUUGUGUGUGUGUGUGUUUUUGUUGAAGAAAUGGCUUCACUUUUUGCAUCAGCAGCAGCAGGAGCUGGACUGGAGUUAGCUUUUGGAAGUUUUUUACGGAUCAUUUUAGAGGUGAGAAGAAAAAAUAUUAUGUUUGGUUCUACUUUACAAAUUUUGAUAGAUACAUUGGAAACUAUGAGCCCAAGCAUCAAGAGAAUAGAUUCAUUCAACUCAGAUUUUGAUAGGCCUGAGGAGAUACAAGGGUUAAAAGAUUUGAUUAAACAAGGUGAGGAGUUGGUUUUAAAAUGUUCCAAAGUUCAUAAAUAUAAUGUUGUUAAGAAACCAUAUUAUACCAAGAAACUUAUGAAGCUUGAUGAGAGGAUUCGUAGGUAUAUUAAUACUAUUAUGCCACUACAACAAACAGCAGAUAUUAAGGAGACUUUGUUUGAAAUGAGACUUUUGAGUACUCAGAUUCGGGAUUUGAGUAUCGGAAAAACGAGUAGUGGUGGUGGUAGUAGUAGCUUUUUCGGUAAGAGUAAUAGUAGUGUGGGAACAUGGAGUAGUGUUGGUGGUAGUGGUAGUUUUUUUAGUAAGAGUAGUUGUACUGGGGUGUGCUCAGCUCCUGGACUCAAGGUUGUUCCUGUUGGGUUAGAGGUUCCUUUGAAAGAUUUGAAAGAGAAGCUGCUAAAGGUCGAUGAGGUAUCGAAAGUGAUUGUGGUUUCGGCUCCUGGAGGAUGUGGAAAAACUACAUUGGCUAUAUCACUUUGUCAAAAUGCUAAGAUCAUUGACAAAUAUAAGGACAAUAUCUUCUUUGUUACUGUCUCAAAAUCUCCGAACCUACUGGUCAUUGUACAGAGGCUAUUCCAGCAUUUGGACUCCAUGGUAUCCGAUUUUCUAAGUGAACAAGAUGCUGUUAACCAAUUAGAAAAUUUGUUCAGGUCCAUAGCAUCAGGUCCUAUACUGCUGGUCCUUGAUGAUGUUUGGUCUGGAGCUGAAUCUCUUGUUGAGAGCCUCAAGUUCCCUAUAAAAGAUUACAAGAUUUUGGUGACAUCAAGAUAUGAAUUGUCGCGAUUUGGUUCCAGUUACAAAUUGCAAACGCUGACUAGAACGGAUGCCAUGGCCCUCUUUUGUCAGCUAGCAUUUCUGCCGGAUGAAAACACGUACAGACCUGAUCAAGACAUUGUAAAUAAGAUAGUGGAAGUCUGUAAGGGAUUCCCAUUAGCCAUUUCAGUGGUUGGAAAAUCUCUUUGUGGAAAGUCUGCAGCUGAGUGGAACAAGAGAAUCAAGGAAUGUUCUAAAGCUACAUCUAUUCUGGCUAACUGUGAGGUUCUAAAUUGUCUUCAAAGUAGUGUCGAUGCAUUGAAUGAUAAUUCCGCAACCAAGGAAUGCUACAAGGAUCUCGGUUCCUUUCCUGAAGACCAAAAGAUUCCUGCGACAACUCUUACUGAUAUCUGGGCCGAAUUGCAUAAGCUUGAUGAAGACAGUGCCAUUUCUAGUCUAUAUGAACUCUCUGAUCGGAAUCUGGUUGAUCUUGUAGUUACACGCAGGAAAGAUGCAAGUGAAGAUUAUGGAUCUGUUAAUGUACUGCAGCAUGAUUUGUUAAGAGAGUUAGCUAUCAUUCAAAGCAACUCGACGAGCAUUGAGCAAAGGAAAAGGCUAUUUAUAGAGAUAAGCGGAAACAAACCUCCGGAAUGGUGGGCGGGAAAUAGGCAGCUGUUUAUCAAGGCCAGCCUUUUAUCUAUCUGCACAGAUGAAAUGUUCUCGUCGAGUUGGGGCAGCAUGGAAGCAACUGAAGUUGAGGUUUUAGUUCUAAAUUUUCAGGCAAAGAACUACACCUUACCCUUCUUCAUGAGUGGAAUGGAUAAGCUAAAGGUUUUAAUCGUUGCAAAUUACAGUAUUUCACCAGCUGAAUUGAGCAAUUUCCAGAUUAUCGGAUCUCUAUACAAUCUGAAGAGGAUCAGAUUCGAGAAGAUUUCGAUUCCAUCGUUUUUCUUGACCUCUCUACAAUUGCCGAACCUAGAAAAGAUAUCUUUGGUUAUGUGUAACAUCGGCCUAGCUUUUAGGAACUCUGCCAUCUGGAUGCCUAAUUUGAUCGAAAUCAACAUCGACUACUGCGACGAUUUGGAGGAAUUACCUGAUGGAUUUUGCAAUCUCAUCCGUCUACAAAAGCUCAGUAUCACCAAUUGUCACAAGCUGAAAGCCCUGCCAGAAGAAAUUGGAAACUUGAUGAAUUUGGAGAUGCUAAGACUUAAUUCUUGCAUUGAAUUGUUAGAAUUGCCAGAAUCAAUAGGGAAGCUUCAGAAUCUGUGCAUUUUGGACGUAUCCGACUGUUUGAGCAUAACGGAAUUGCCAGAACAGAUAGGCGAGUUGAGUAAUUUAAACAAGCUCUACAUGAUCGACUGCUCAAGCUGUGUACUGCCAUGGUCAGCCGUCAACCUUGUGCGUCUGAAGGUAGUGAUAGCUGAUGAAGAAACAGCUAAUUUAUGGAAAGAAUUCUUAACUUUUCUUCCAAAUCUGGAAAUAAAGGUUCAUAAAGAUAUCAACUUGAACUGGCUUCGAUGAUGAUCGGAAUUUGCUGAUGAUGUUUAUUCUGUACUACUGCUCCUUGAGAAGAUGUACAUUUUAUAAAAGUAGAUAAUUUUCUUGCGAUACAAGAAAGAAAAUAUCCGAGGAACUGGGAAAUAAGUUUUGAGGGUUCGGAGCAAAUUAAAAUAACUGUAAUAUAGACUAUAAUAUAGUUACCGUAUGUGCCUAAGCUAAGUUAUCUGUUUUGACUUUGUAUGUAAAAACAUUUGAGAUUAAACAUGUCAUCAUAAUUGGCAAUUCUAGUUAUCUAAAAGAGAGAAAAAUACUCUCAUAAACUUGUAAUAUCAUAUGACCUCAUGAGGUUAGAUUAAAUAUCAAAUAGUAGUGUUUAUGCAAAAUUCAGUUAGCUUUAAACUCAA